AUGCGUUUACUGUUAUUACAGUUUAUAUUCUUGGCAUUUUUAGGCACUUUUAUUAAGGCAGAUUUAAUAAAAAGAGUUCCUCAAGCUGCCCAGACACCAGCAGCACCAGCAGGUGGUAACAACAACAAUAACGGUACUCUCCCAGCUAGCACAACACAGGCACCAGCAGCAUCAGUAACGCCGGCAGUUCCAGGAAACUCAACUGUUGCCCCCUCAGGCAACUCGACAGUUCCUAUUUCACCUGGUGCUAAUAAUCAAACAUCUGUCGUCAAUGGCAACAACACAGUCAGCUCAAAUUCAUCAAACACAUGGGCUAAUUUGCCUACUUCAGCUAGCUAUGGCAACACUGUCUAUCCCGGAAGCGCCACUUUCCUUACACCUAAGCCCAGUAAAUCUGUUUCACCACUCUAUCGCAUCGACAAGAACGAAAAUGUCACCUUUGUUUGGUCCUUUACCAACCUAUUGGUUCGCCCUUCUAACUUGACUUUGGCAGCUGUUGCUCCAAACAGUGUUACUUAUACCAUUACUGCCAUGCAAGGCGCAGAAACAAGCGCUGUCUGGCAUCUCAAAGAUGUACCACCUGCCUCACCACUUAUGAUGGGAAUGUAUCAAAUACAACUUUAUGAUCAAAGAGGUCCCACAGCAAUGGCUCAGCCUGGUUGGCUUUCUCCAGCUAGUGGCCUAACCAUUGCGUUCUAUUCAGCAGAGUCUUAUGUUCCUCCUUCUGGCAGUGAUUACUGUCCUACUUGUUUUUAUAAUGCAGGAAAAAGAUUAAGCGAAUCGAUUGGACCUAUUGCAGUUGCAUUUGGAGUUGCCUCUGUUACAUCUGUCUUGAUCUUAUAUGGCAUCUUGUACUAG